CUGGUGCUGGGACAGCAUUGUUCUCCCUCCCUCCCUGCCCCCCGCCUCACAGACCCCAUCACCAUGGGAACUGAGCCAGCCAAUCAGAACACCCAGUUUUCAAAGGGCAGCCUUAUAAAUUGAGUCACCUCCCCCCAGACAGGCCACAAGCACCAUUCAGAGGCCUCCCAGGGCCCCCUCCUCCUGGAUAAACCAAUUCCUUUGCCCCCCAUUUUCCUCAAGGGAGAAAAGGGGGAGUCUUCUGCCCAGAAUGCUCAGGGACAAGUGCGGAGCCUAGAGUCACCCAGCUUAGCGCUCCAAACCCACGCGCAGCCACACCAUGCAGGAGCGACUGAGGAGCCCCUGAGAGUUUCGUGUAGUAACCUGGGGAACGCCUGGAGCAGCGAGAGCCAUGCGUUGGGCACGCGACACCCCAGCCUGGAGCAAUGCAGUCUCGCCAGCCUGCUGAGCAGCGGGUACUCGGGCGACGAGGAGAACAGUGAGGUCAGCUUAGUGGGCAGUCAUCGGACCAUCCGGCUGAACAAAAGGCCCAACCCCCAGGUGCCCGUCACGCAGAACAGCCAGGUGUCCUACGCAUACUCCCCCAGCCACUUAAAGAGCCAGCGGUCCAGCCAGGCCCGCAGCGCCAAGCACCCUGGAGGGGAAGAGUGAGCCCAGCCUGCCGUGCGGCGGCGGCAGCAGCAGCAGCCUGCCCAGCCUCAGCUUCGUCAGCCUGGGCAGCAGCGCUCUGACCUUCCAGGUGAGCAGCGGGCUGUUCUCUACCCCCAGCAGCCUUCCCUCCACCCAGGCCAGCAGCCGCCAGAGCAUCGGGCUGGACAGCGGCGAGCAAAGUGGGCCAAGGAGCAGCACUAGUGUCGCGGAGGACAAGAAGGAAAUCGACAAGAAAAACAGCAACACGGUGGCCAAGGGCGAGCAGCCUGCCCCGACCCCCGAGCCCCUCCAGGAGCUAGGGCCCCUUGAGAAACUGCAGGCGUGAGGGCCCAGCAGACCCGGAUUUCACCCAGAGUGUUUAUCGCCAUAACAAGCAGGAAAGGCGUUUGAACAGGGCGCACUGGUUGGGUCAAAAAACAUCGACGGACAGUCCCAUGUGCGGCAGCAACCGUCAGCAGGCAGGUCACAAGUGGCGAGAACUUCUGAGGCUGAGCACCGCCUACACCGGGACCAUCCGUACUGAGAAGCAUCGUAGGUAAGAAGAGCCGUAGUAUCAAGGCCACCGACGCGGGGACCCCCACCCGAGUCAAAGCUGCCAGUGGUAACGACAUCAGUACGAGAACCUCAGCAACGGGCGUCCGUAACAAGACCCACCCACGACGAAACCAUCUGGAGUGGACGCUGUCGUGGUGGGACCGCUUGCACUGACACCAGGCUCAGCCGUGGUGACCACCGUUGAUCUGCGGCGAGUGCCGGCUAUAUUAAGAACUGCCGAGACUUAAGACACUUCCGUGAGGAAGCCAUCCUGAAUGAGGAGCACCAUCCACAGCCAACACCCGCCAUGACAAGCUCAGGAGAAGCAGGUGCCAACCGUGGCUGGGACCGCCCCCACCGAGACCCAUCCGGAGUGCGCGACAGACGUGGGCAGCCGCGUGCGCAGGGAGCUCGGUCCCUGCCAAGCUCUGUGGCACGCGCUGUCCGCGGGAGCGCCGGCGGGAGGGCGCAGUGCGCGGGGAGCACCCCCGUGCCUGCCAGCACCCCCGGGAGCACAGCCCGCAGUGACCGUCCCCAGGGGAGGCCCGCCAGGGGAGGUCACGUGCCACCCGCCCACAGGGAGCCGCGCCUCGAGAGAACACUGGGGAGGGCUGUGACUCGGGAGCCCAUCCCCGAAGAGCACCACCCAGGGGAGCUUUGAACGCUUCCUUUUUGAGCACCGUCUCUGGGCAGCUUCCACCCAGAACCUUCCCAGGAGCAAAGGCUCCCUGACGCCCCCGCUCAUGUCUCCGUGUGGGUCAGAGGCGGCGGAGAGACAAGAAGGGCUGCCAGGAGCGUGCUUUGUUCAGAGGGUUGAGACAGUGCUUCCUGUGGCAGGACGAUGCCAUGGUAAGUGCUUAAUGGUGACAGAGCCCGCCCAGCCAGGAAGAGCCGCGACGGGGAAGCUCUGGGCCAUUCGGCCAACAUCCCUAGGUGGAUGGAAGGGCCGCAGUCUCUGCCCCUCCUUUCUCAGGACAUGAAGCCCCUCCCUGGCUGAUCCCACGGACUCGGGGCAGUGAGUGGGCCUGCAAAGGGGAAGGGCCAGAGACGGCCGUGAAGACAUCCACUAGGAACCAGAAGGAAAGCAGAGGGGGCACCGAAGACAAUAAAGGUGUCUGGAGAGGCCA